UGGAUUUGGAAAGACUGGAAGUCGUCACAGAGUUAAUCGAUUAUCAGGGUCAUCUGAAUCGUUUGGAAUCAUUGCUCCUCCACCCGGUAACGCCUCUGCGCGCUCCUCUAUCUCUAAACGACCAACGUCUGUCUUGGGAGGAGUUCAGGGCGCUGAUUUAUUCUCCAUUGGUCAACAGCAUCCAUCACCAACUGCUUCACAACCUACGGCUGCACAAGAAGACCUCUUCGGGUUCAAUGACCCUGUACCAACGAACCCUGUGACACAACAGCCACAAUUCAAGAGAAAUAGUAUCCAGUCAGUUCAAUCUCAGCAACAACUACAGACUCAAAGCUCUACAGCCCAAGACCUUUUCUCAUUGAUGAGUCCCUCAACUUUAUCAUCAUCACCAUCAGCCAAUAGUCAGCCAUCACAGGUAGCACCGACUACAGCAUCUAGUCCUUCGGCGCCAGCCAAAGCUGCAAACACAGACUGGAAAAACUCAAUUAUGUCACUAUAUGGAAACCAAUCUUCUGGAUCAAACCGCCAUUCUACGGGGCUCAAUAUUAGCACGCAGCAACAACAGCAACAGCCUGGGCAAUUUGGACAGUUUGGACAGCUUCAGAGCAUGAAAACAUUUGGAAUUGGACAACAAUCUUCUCAGCCACAACAACCACAGUUUCAACAGCCACACUUCCACCAAUCGCAACCACAGCCGCAACAAAAUCAUUGGGGCAAUAAUAGUGCCUUUGGAGCCACAUUACAGGUAGCAUCUGGUGCUCCAUCUUCAUUCUCUGGUUUUGAUACGUUUAAUAGCACAGGAUCCAAUCCAGGAUUUGGUAUUCAGGCUGCGAAUGGGCUCAAUAAACCAGGAUCUACCUUCGGACAUAAUAAUGUCAGUGGAUUCAACAGCUCUAACAACAAUACUAACAGCAAUAUCAACACAAAUACUAGCAAUGUUCCCCCUGGAGGAGACUUGUUCAGCAUGAUUGCGGGCGCAACUCCAUCGCCCGUAACCAGCUCAUCGGCGCAGAACAGGAAAAACAGUGCUUUUGGCGACCUGACUUGGAACUAGAGCAUAUACAUCCCAAUCCUUGUAAAACCCUCGAUGCGUUUGCUGGUUUUAGGAGGGCAGUUAAAAGCAAUCAGAUGUUGAUUUAUCUUACGUGU